GGUUUGUCAGAUUUGAAGAUGUUACCAGUGGGAAGCGAGCAGAUGGCAUUGCAUGUCUUAUUAUCCGGCUCUCUGUGGAAAACGAAUGUCUGGAUAAAGUUGUGGCACAGUGUUUUGACGGCGAAGCGGUCAUGUCUUCUGGAUUAAAUUGGGUGCAGGCUAAAGUUAAAGAGAGAGCACCAUUGGCUUUAUUCAUACACUGCUAUGCACAUCGGCUCAAUUUAGUAUUGACUCAGGGGGCCUCAAAGAUUAAAGAAUGCAAGAUCUUUUUCACCCACCUCAAAGGCCUUGUUGCAUUUUUUUCAAGAUCGCCUCGACGCAUGCAACUACUGAAUGAAAUCUGCCAGCGACGUCUCCCUCGCGUGGCACCAACACGGUGGCAGCACACAUCCAGAGUGGUCAAUACAGUCUUUGAGAAGAGAGAUGCUCUAGGGUGACAAGGACGAGGUAAACACAAAAAAACCCCCACGAAAUGGGCAGUAAAUAUCUUUAAAGACUUCCUGGCUCAAAAAAACAUGGACAUCAACUUUGAAAACUAUACCGCCACCACCCUCAAUGACAGUUAGCGGCUUUUUUACGAGUCUGUUCAGUCCACUCAAGAAAGAGGAGAAUACAGCGUUGCCAGUUUGAAGAGCUUGAGAGCCGGCAUUAAUCGCCACUUAAAAGACAUGAACAUAAUUAGCGACACCGUGUUCAAGAGCAGCAAUGCGGUUUUUAAAGCAAUAAUGAAGCGCUACAGAAAGAGUGGAAGAGACACCAGCUCCCAUCAUCCUCGGAUUCCUGAGUCGGACCUAGAGAAAUUCCGAUGCUCAUCUGCGCUGUCUCCCGACACGCCCCUCGGCCUUGUCAGAAAGGUGUGGUUUGACAUCCAGCUGUGUUUGGCCCGGCGUGGGAGGGAGGGGAGCCGUGAGCUGACCAUGGCAUCUUUUGCCAUCCACAGAGACGAGGAAGGUGCUGAAUAUGUCAGCCUGUCACAUAAUCCUGAAACUAAAAAUCACAAAACUCCAAACGACCCGCACAAGCAAAAUCUAAGAGGAUUUAUGUUUGCAAGGCCCGGGGAUCCUCUGUGCCCAAUAAAAGCUUUCAAGAAGUACAUCUCUAAAUGUCCUCCAGACGCAAAAUCUUUUUAUCUGCACCCGAAGCGCUCCAUCACCCCAGCAUCUGAGGUUUGGUACUCCAGGGAACCGAUGGGCGUCAACUACCUCGGAGAAAUGCUUAAAAAAAUAAGUGAAGAGGUGGGGCUACCGCGGAUUUACACCAACCACAGCUUGUGGAGCACGGCUGUGAGUCGACUCUCAGACGGCGGUCUGGAAUCCCCCCAGAUCAUGUCUGUGACGGGGCACCGCUGUGAGAGCAGCCUGCAGGCUUACUGGGCUCCGUCACUCCAGGAGAGACGAGAAUGGAGCAACAUUCUGUCGUCAUGCAACGUCGCAACCAGCAGUGAUCAGGGUCCACAAAAGCUGAAUCUCAGUCCUUCAAGCAGCAAUGUGAUGGACAUGCCA